AACUGACUGAUGAUAGAUGUUCAAUUGUCAAUAAUUGUCACUCAGGUCACUGAUUUUUUGGACUAUCUUGUGUUGUUGAUAACAAUAUUUCAUUAUAAUUUAAUGGUUUCUUUCAUAAUUUUCUAGAAUCACACCAGCAAAAAAUAUAAUCAUAAUUUCUUAACAGAUAUUACACUUAAAUUUAUAGCGUGAAUUCGUGGUUUUGCUAACGUUUAUUUCGUAAAUUAUAAAAUGUAUUGACAUCAAGCUUAAAGUAUUCUUUAAUUUCUGCUCUAUAAACCGUUUUAAUGUUGACUUUGUGUCACAAUUAUUUUCACGUCUCACCCAAUAAUAAAAACAAAGAUGUUGUUCAAGAGUUCAACCGGAAAAAAUAUGUGUUCGGUGUAUUUAUUUUGUUACUGGUCGUUGUAUUAUGGGUCGUAUCCUCAGAGAUGACAAAAUAUUUAUACACUGAAAAACACUUAGAGAGACCGUUUCUUGUGACUUACGUGAGAAGCUCAUUACUAUUUAUAUAUCUCUUAGUUUUGUGUUUUUCACCUCCUACAAAGGAUCCUUGUCGACCAACUGAUUACACUCAAUUAUUAGAGCCUACAGCAGAAACGGAUGAUGAAAGCUUCUUUACUGAAUCCAAUGUAAAUAGUUUGGGUGAUUCAACAUUUAUACCGGUCAGAGCGGGGGAAACAACCGACAGUGACGAUGCUGCACCCAGAGCUGUCCGUUUUAAUAAAGUUGCUGAGGUACGAGUUAUGUCAGCAGCGAUGGCCAGUGAAGCGUUGUUGGCCCGAUUAUCUUGGGCGGCCUCAGAACGUGCUGCGCAAGUUGCACAGAGGCGUGCCGCUGCAGCCGCCACAAGACGACAUCUGCGUUUAGCAUUGUUCUUGUCUAUGCCUUGGUUCAUAUCAAACUAUCUGUACCGUUUAAGUAUACUGCACACAUCAACUAGUUCAGCUACAAUGUACACAUCUACAACGGGCGCCUUCGUUCUUACCCUGGGAGCUAUAUUUGCAGAAGUACCAACGGAUCGGUUCACAAUCUCGAAAAGUGUUGCCGUUCUUUUAACUGCAGCCGGCUUGGUGGUGCUCGGAAUAUCGGAGAGCCAUCAGAGUAACUGGACGGCGGUGUUGUCAGCACUUGGUUCGGCAUUUUGCUACGCAAUACAUCUUUUGUUGUUCAGAAGAGAAUUGAGGAAAGGAGAAGGCAUAAACUCACCAUUACUGAUUGGAGUGGUGGGGUGCAUAGUAGGCGGCGCGGCGUGGAGUGUGGGCGGCGCGCUGGCGGCGGCGGGCGUGGAGCGCGCGGCCCUGCCCUCGCCGCCGCUGUGGCCCUGGCUCAUACUCGACGCUGCACUAGGUCCUGUGCUCAUCGACUCGCUCUGGAUAUGGGGUCGGUCGUUGACGGGCGGCGGCGCGGCUAGCGGCGUGGUGUGGCUCGCGGCGCCGGCGGCGGUGUGCGCGGAGGCGGGGGGGGCGGCGCGCGUGGCGGCGGCGCUGCUGACGGCCGCGGGGUGCGUGCUCGCCGCCGCACCCGCGCCUUGUAUCUCCGCGCUAACACGUCGCCUGAAGCUGCCCAAUCCAAUCUCCAACUUUAGAAAUAUUCCUGAAUUGGACGAACAAUCGGAAGCGUUGAUGUCCUCGGACGAGCCGACGUAGCAACGGUCCUCGAGAAAUCCUCAUUAAAGGACUGCAGAACGUGAACAGCACUGUGUGAUCUUUGUUCGUAUAGUACAAUGGCCUUAUCAGAGACAUGAAACCAAAAUCUGCAACCAGAAACUUCCACUUGUCACAUCAAACAUUAUAGGCGACAUAAAAUAUUGUCUAUUUCACCAUUUAUGUUUCAACUGUAGAAAGUUUUCGCAGUAAUUUUUACAUUAACCUUACUAUAUUAAUUCGGACCGUAACAAAAAUGAUUUUGUGUAAAACUUUUCCUGAACUAUUACAGUGUUCCGGUUCGAAUUAUUCAUUGAAAUUAUAAUAUUGUAUAUCUGUGAGGUGACUUUAUUAAUAAUAUCCUCACACUUUAUGUCUCAAAAUUUGUGAUGCUCAUUUGUUUUAUAUAGAUUUGAAUGUAUUAAGAAUAACUAUAUUUUGGUUCAUUUGAUUCUUGAUUAAUCUACUGUGAAUACUUACUUUAAUUGUCUUUCAAUCCCGAAUUCUCGUUGAAAACACACACACACACAGGACAUGUUAAACACAUUUAACAUUAACAUUUUCCCACAUAUCCAGCUACUGUAAUUGAACAUCAAAACUUUGUGAAUAAAAUAAUCAAACACGACAUAUCACUCUUUACGGUUUGUUUCCAAAUAAUACCUACUACCUAAAAUCAAAGGUUCGUCCAUGAAGUAAGGACCAAAGUGACUCAUAUUAACAAAUAAAUUAAUUCUAAGUAAGCUUUACAAAAUACUUAUAACCUUACAUAAGAACGAAUGUGCACCUGUGUUUUGUUUUGUAAACACGUGUUAAUCCUAGUCUAAUUUGAAGUUCGCAUUUAAAUAUUACAUAAAUAUCGUAAUAAUAAUAAAGAAAUCAUCAUUCCAUAAGCUAAUGAUUAGUAUAGUAACAUUUUCUUUGUGAGUGCAAUGUAUGUCUAUUAUUAUUGUUUAUGACCAGAAUUAUUUAUAAUUAUGAUGUUAAGUUUAUUUCAAUUAACGAAAGUAAUAAACGGAAAAAAAACGAUCAUUUA